AUGCGCGCGCCGCACGCAAGCCGGCUCAAGCUGGCCCCCGGCCCUGCUGACGUGGCGGGCCACCCCCGCAAGUGGUCCCCGCCGCCGCCGCAGGACGGCAUCCCAUUGGACGAGCGCCCCGAGUGGCUGCGCGACGAGGCGUUGCCGUUUCUGGAGCUGUUUGAGCGCAACGUGAGGAAGUUUCCGAGUAAGGCGGCGGUGACGUGGGUGGAGGAGAAGGGCGUGAUCAAGCAGUCGUACACGUACGAGGAGGUAUUCCAAGUUUGGCAGAGACGAAGGUUGCAAUCUUUUGUCCUGCCUCUGCCCACCCACACCCCCCUCCUCCGCGCUCUCCCUGCUAUCCCCAUCCCCACUCCUCCCCAGCUGGACGCGCUGUCCCGGGCCGUGAGCGCGUCACUGGUGGGCGAGUGGGGGGCAGGGAGGGGUGACCGCGUGGUGCUGCUGUACCCGCCCGGCCUUGACUUCCUCAUCGCCUUCAUCGCCUGCCUGCGCUCUGGAGUGGUGGCGGUGCCAGUGUACCCGCCCAACCCCCGUGAGCUGAAGAAGGACGUCGAGAAGCUCACUCGCCUCGUCAACGACUGUGGGGCACGUAUCGUGCUCUCCACGUCCGAGUAUCGGUCCAAGAUCCGCCUGUCGCUGCUGAAGCUCGUGCGCUGGCCGGGUGAGCACUGGUACAACACCAAUGGCAUCAAGCCUCUCCCUCGCAGCGCGGCUGAGAAUGGCAGCAGCAGCAGCGAGAAUGGCACUCUUGGCGGUAGCAGUUACAGCAGUGACGAGAUAGCAUUUCUGCAGUACACGUCAGGGUCCACUGCGGAUCCCAAGGGCGUCAUGAUCACCCACACCAACAUUGCCCACAACGUCAUGUUUAUCCGCAGGACCCUUCGCAUGCAUUCUGGCAUUCGCUUCUUCAGCUGGCUGCCUCAGUACCACGAUCUGGGGUUGAUAGUGGCGUAUCUGAGCACGCUCACAGCGGGCGGCAGUGGGGUGUACAUGUCGCCCAUCGACUUCAUCCACCGCCCCGCCUCCUGGCUGCAGUGGAUGAGCCGCCUCAAGAUCACGCACACAGCAGCACCUAAUUUCGCUCUCAACCUCGCCACGCGCAAGUUUGUCCCUUCCAGAGAUGCCGCCCUGCCCGCCCACUUCCUCUCCGCCUCCCUCCCUCCCUCCUCCUUCCCCGCCCCUCUCAACCCCUCCUCCUCCCCCUCCACCGCUCUCAACGCAUCUGCUGCGCUUCCCACCACUCUGGACCUCUCGUCGCUGGAGUGUUUCCUGAACGCUGCGGAGCCGGUGCGGCCGGAGGCGAUAGAGCGGUGGAAUGCGGUGCUGGGGCGGUAUGGAUGGGACCUCUGCGGUAUGUGCCCGUGCUACGGGCUGGCAGAGCAUGUGGUCGGCGUGUCUGGGUGGGGAAGCAAGCUGCUGCAUCUCCCUGACAUCACUCUACACAGCAGUGGUCACCUCGCCACAUACCCUGUGGAUGGCCGGGUAGUCAUUGUCAACCCCGAGACGCAUGAGGCGUGCGCUGAGGGUGAGGAGGGCGAGAUCUGGGCGCGCAGCUGCCACGUGGCGCGUGGCUACUGGGGCAAGCCGGAGCUGUCAGAGGAGACCUUCCGAGCGCGCAUGAAGGAAGGCUCUGAUGCUGGCUUGUACCUGCGCACGGGCGAUCUGGGGCUGGUGGUGGCGCAGCAGCUGUUCAUCACAGGGCGCAUCAAGGACCUCAUCAUCGUGGGGGGCAAGAACUACUACCCGCAGGACAUUGAGCUCACCGUAGAGGCCGUUUCAGACAGCAUCCGCCCCGGCUGCUGCGCCGCCUUCAGCGUGAACAAGACGAGCCACGGGGUGGCAGCGGGCGGCAAGGGAGAUACUGGGGAGAAGGGAGAGGAGGAGGAGGUGUUGGCAGUGGUGGUGGAGAUCCCCAAGACCACGAGUGGCAAGAUUCGGCGCAAGGAGACGAGCCAUCGACUCACUACAGGCGCACUCACUGUGCUCAACAGUAACUCGCACACGGAGGGGGGCGCUGGAGAGACCAUUGAGAGUCUGCACUCAAUUCCUGAGUCUUCUGGGGCGAAGGGAGGAGGGGAGGACGUGGUGAUUGUGGAGGAGAAACGUUCUGCUGAGGUGCCUCAAAAAGAGGUGCUAGUUGGCGAAGAGGCCAGGGAGAGUGAGGAAAGGGAGGAGGCAACCAGCGGGAAGGUGGAGGAGGAGGAGGGACAGGUGGAAGGAAAAGGGGCGAGUGAGAAAGAGAGUGUGGGGGUGGAGGAAGGGGAAGAUCUAGAUGAGGCUAGCGAUAUGGCAGCAGCUGGUGCAGGUGCAGGAGUGACUGUAGGAGCAGGAGUGCAGUCAGAGGGGGCAGAUGAUGCAGAGGAGGGAGAAGUUGUAGCAACACCAACGGCAGUGGCGUCAGACGAAACAGCAGCAGCUGCAGCAGAGGGUGACGUGGCAGGGGCACUUACAGAGGAGGAUGGGCAGAGCAAAGCUCCUGUGGGAGAUGGGGCUGUGGAGGCAGAGGAGGGAGCAGAGGAGGACAUGGGUGCAGCCAAGUGGGAUGGCAUGGGCGUGGAGUCAGCUGUGAAGGCCAUCAUGGGCAUCCACGACCUGGAGAUAGCUGGAGAGCCACUGCUGAUUGACAUAGGCCUGACAUCCAUGAAUGGCAUGGAGGUGCUCGAGCUACUGGAGAGGCCCUAUGGGCGUCUCAAGACUCAAAACACAACUGUCUCCGUGCCUUGCAUCUCCUCCCAGGACCUGGAGAUUGCUGGAGAGCCACUGCUGAUCGACAUUGGUCUAACGUCCAUGAAUGGCAUGGAGGUGCUCGAGCUACUGGAGAGGCCCUCUGGGCGUCUCAAGACUCAAAACACAACUGUCUCCGUGCCUUGCAUCUCCUCCCAGGACCUGGAGAUUGCCGGAGAGUCACUGCUGAUCGACAUUGGUCUCACGUCCAUGAAUGGCAUGGAGGUGCUCGAGCUACUGGAGAGGCGCUGCGACCGCAGACUUGUUGUCGAUGACAUGGAGGUGAGCUGA